ACUCGCACAUGUCAUCAGCAUAAUCACUCGGGAGAGGGGUCCUGCAGCCAGAGGAUCUGGGUCUCAUCCUCUGAGGAAAGACGGCUUUGUGCGGGUCUGCUCCAACCUGAGAGAGUUCUCAGUGUUUGGUCAGCGGCAGCGGUUCCUGGAAAAGAUCUGAAUCGUUCUCUCUCUAACCAAACCCAGCUGUGGAGCCGUGCGCGCCGCAGUGAGCGCGGGUGCGUGCUUGUGUGAGUGAAAGAGGUAGGCAGAGAAAGGCUUUUCUGUGCUCCCUCUUCUAAAAGAGAGAUAGGAAGGGAGGAAGGAAGGGGAAAAAAGUUUGGUCUUGUUCUCCCCUUGACUCUUAUUUUAGGAAUGGACGCCGAGACUUGCGUUUCAUACUGCGACAUGACAUCCAUGGAUUCAUAUUAUAGCCCAUCUGCUGCUGCUGCGCAAAGUAGGGAUCACCAGGCGGAUCACUUUAGGACGUUUCCAGCUACUGACACCAAAUACAGCCCCACUUCCUUCCUGCCCAACAAAGGUCAGGCUUACGGAGAAAAGUCCAGGAGCCCCUUCGAGCAGGAGUGCCAAUCAUUGGAUGCCACCGCAGCUGGGCAAGGCUCUUUCAGCAAAUACCAUCUCUUCAUGCACAGGUCUUCUUGCAAAACACCCCCAGAAGAGGACAAACUGCAGCAAGAAAGAGGACCCAACGGAGUCCUCCCGUGCUAUGGUAAGGAUAGCUCUGGUCUGACUGACUCGGACUUAGCUCCAGACUCUGACCCGGCUGGAAUGGACAGCAGAUACCUGUCCGUGAAGGAUCCGAGUGUGAAGGCAGUUUCUGAUCGUCCGCCGGGUCCUGACUUAUCCAGCCCGCUGGACAAGCCCGACGGCAACGAAAGCAACAAAGGCAAGAAGAGACGCAACCGCACCACCUUCACCAGCUAUCAGCUGGAGGAGCUGGAGAAGGUUUUCCAGAAGACGCACUAUCCAGAUGUCUACGCGCGGGAGCAGCUGGCACUGAGGACUGACCUGACUGAAGCCCGCGUGCAGGUGUGGUUCCAGAAUCGCAGAGCAAAGUGGAGGAAGAGGGAGCGCUUUGGCCAGAUGCAGCAGGUCCGAACACAUUUCUCCACUGCUUACGAGCUGCCUCUUCUAACACGGCCUGAGAACUACGCACAGAUCCAAAACCCGUCUUGGCUCGGUGGCAGCAGUGCUGCGUCUCCUGUUCCAGGCUGUGUUGUCCCCUGCGACACCGUUACCCCCUGCAUGACUCCUCACCCCCACUCUGCCAGCGGGGUGUCUGACUUCCUGGGUGUUCCCAGCCCCGGGGCUCACAUGGGACAGCCUCACAUGGGCAGCCUGUUCGGCGGAUCCCCCGGCAUCAACACGUACGAUCUCAACAUGGACCCUGACCGCAAGUCCUCCAGCAUUGCAGCUUUGCGCAUGAAAGCCAAGGAGCACAGCGCCGCCAUAUCCUGGGCCACAUGAUGGGAUGAUCAGGGACCGCGCUGAUGAUGAUGAUGCUGAAGCAUCUGUGUAAAGCGAAGCAGCAACACCUACAGAAAUGCUGCAUCUAGACCCUUCUGUAGUGAGAUGGCAGGUUUUAUUUUUAGUGCCUCUGAGUAAGUGGGAAGAGGUGAAAAAUGUCAGAAUUCAGACAAACAUAUGCACUUAUUUUCUCAAAUACAACAUUUUUGUUUUGUACAGUCUCUACAGUUGUCAGUUUGGGACAGUUUGGUUUUACUUUGCUAUUUAAAUUUAAAAGUGUUCAUGUUUUUUCCUUUAAGCUGUUAUUUUUUUAUUUUUAUUUUUUUGCUUUAUAGUCCCAUCCACUUUACAAUAAUCUUCAUCACUCUCUAUAUUUUGAAAUCCUUAUUUUAAAAGUUAUUUCAUGGUGAUAACACACUAAUGAAACAACAUUUUAAACUAAAACUAUUUAAGUUUCUCCCAAAACAAAACAAGAUCUUAGAAUUUGGGAAAAUGUGGUCAUUUUAGCUUGUGAGGGAUACAUCUGCUUCUGCCAGAGAGACAGAGGAGGAAGUGGGAGGGAAAAAAAUGCACCUUACACUGCUUUUCUUGAAGGCUUCAGGAAAAAAAAAAAAUAGUUGGGUAAACAGCCAGAAAUGACACAGGAACCAGCAAACACCCUCUUUAAAACACAUGUAGCUGUUUUAAAGAGGGUGGAAUCAUCAUUUUCAAUUUCAUUUACAUGCCAAGAAAAGCCAUAAACUAAACCAAUGUCAUAAACCUCAUGAAAUUUCAAAAAUGAUUUCACAUCAGAAGCUGUAAAGCUUUAUAAAAUUAAAUUAUUUCUCAAAAGCAUAUUUUUCAUCAUUUUUUUAACACAUGAGUAGAAAACGUUUUUUACAGGCACACUCUCCUCAUAAGAUUUUGGUUCCUUUAUAUGUACAUUAUGACUCAGGUGUUUUUUUCUUGGUGAAAGCUGGAUGUCAAACCUGAAUUUUCUGACACUAGAUGUCCCAUUUUGGCAGCUUCAUUACUGCAUCAGUACUUUAAAAGGUUCUGUCACUUUAAAACAGACAAAGAAUUUGUUUUAAACCUAACUUCUCUCCUAUUUCCUGUUAAUAAAUCAACAUUUUGCACAGAUUUAUACGAAUCAAGACGUCUUUCUAAAUCUUGUUUAUAGAAGACAAAAAAGAUGAAUUAAAAUUAAAAUAUAAUGAGAUACAUCUCUGUUGCUUUAGACAUUUUUUAAACUUAAAAAUAAAAUCUGUCACUUCUCUAAUCUGUGAGAGAAACCUGGAUCCCCAAAAUGAUCUUGAAAGAAAAUCAUACGAAUCAUUACUGGAAUAUUUUCUGCUCAUGUCACUAUUUGAACAAGAUGUUUCAAAGGCUUUGAGAGUACAAAAAGAAGUCAAACCAAUCUGAGCUGUAACCAAUUUUCUCAUAUUUUACCAAGAAUGUCAUUUUCCUUUCAACAGCAAACUUUUUUUUAAUGCUCCUGGUGAUGACUUCCUUAAGAGACACAAGCAACAAAUUAGGUUUUCCAUCACAAAAUCCUUAAAAGGUUUUAUAUUUUCUUUAUUUAGCAGAUUGUGUUCUCUAGAGGGAAACAGUCAUCCUCCAUUCCCUAAAAUGAACCACAUUUUCCUGUAUUUUUUUUCAGAGUAGAUAUGAAAAGUAAGAUGUAGUCAGCCAAACAUGUGCAUGUAUAGGCGACAGAUCUUACGAGAGAGGGAUGAAUCCUUUCAGAUGUGACCGUGGGGGCCCGAUGAGGGGGUGGUCGGAGGGUGAGCCGUGAUGGCGUCUGCUGUGUUCCGGUGUUCUGGGAAAAAGGACAGUGCACACAGCUGUGCUCAGGGGGUAAAUGCAAAACAAACAUGCCUCACACAUGCUUCCCCCCCUCAGCUGUCAAGGCUCUACUUUCAAAGAUGAGCCCCUCCUAUCACACUGUGCCUCUCCCUUCACUCACGUCCACCAGCUUGAAGCUGCAGGCCCUCGGCUGCACCGUCCGAAGCACAGCCGCGCCUGGAAGGCUUUUUAAUUAACACUGAGCUUUGUGGAGGAUUGCAUGUCCGGAUAGACAAGGCCGUCUGUGCAUCACUCAGAUUGUUCCCCUGGAAAAAAACCAAACAACUGCACUGCUCAGGUUUACUGAAACACUUCGGUAUGGACUUAAACAUGAUGUGGGACACGCAUCAAUUCAGUCAUGUUUUUUUAGGCACUUCUGCAUGACUCCAUUCUUGAUUGAUCAAACUCUCAUCAUUUUUUAUACUACUGAACCUAAGCAAUCAGUAAAGGAAAUGCAAACAUGCUCUGUUGAGCAUGAAUGCCGGACUGAAUUGUCACGAGACUCUUGGGCUGUUUUCUUUUUACUCAAUUUAUCAAGUAUUGGAGUGCAUCACUUUUCUAAAAUGUAUGUAGUUGUGUGUUUGAACCUUUCUCUUUAUAUGCAAUCUUUCCAUGUUUGUGUAACUCCAAUUAAGAGCAUGAAUCUGCUGGUUUGUUUUGUGAUUAAAGUUCGAUAAGUUAUUGCACUUUGAGGCAGAAUCAUUUUUGGUGUGAUCAGAGUUAAAAGGACAAACUCUAUAAAUGGUGCAGUUGGUGUUAUUUGCUUCUCCCAGUCUUCAGCUGAACAAAUGCUGUCAUAAAGAGUGAAGAAAGGCAACAAUUCUUCAAUUAAAAGUUACUUUUUAUGCCAAGCUUUUGCAUCGCCGUGCAUGACAGCAUGUUUAUAGUCAGCUCCUGAAAUCCCGGUGUAUUUUAGCCCCUUUGAAAGGCCGUAGCACUGAAAUCAGAUCUCAUAACCCGCAAUAGUGUCACACUAAUUGAAGCUGACAAAAAUACGAACUGCACCCUUUUGAACUGCUGACACAGAACAGGGAGGAUUAUGCAGCACAUAUUAACAACAGGUGACAGGCGGCGCAGCAGCGUCAGAGAGAAAGCAUCACUCUGAGGUUCAACUUCACACAUUAAAAAAAAAAAAAGACUCCAAAAUGUUAUAGACGUGAACUUUACUUAUGAACUAUAAUUUUUUUUGUACAACUCAGCACAUUUCCAAACGUCUGCAAUAGAAAAGGAAAAUAAAAAAAGGCGGCAGUGAUAAUGAAUCUUAAAGUUACACUCUAAACCUUGAAAUGCGACACCAAAAA